AGGAGAGGAGGGAGGCAGCUCGGCAGAGGGGGACGGGACGGGACCCGGCGCCCCGCGGGCCAUGCGCCUCCUGGCUACGGCGCUGGCCGCCCUGCUGGCCACGGCCUCGGCCCCAGAUGUUUGUGAGGCUUUAAACGUGACGGUCUCUCCUGGACCAACGGUGCAAUACUCCGAGGGGGAUAAUGCUACCCUUUACUGCCACAUUUCUCAAAAAAGGAGGACAGACAAUUUGCUGGCUGUGCGGUGGGUCUUCGCUGCAUCGCCUGCCCAGGAGCAUCUGAUGAUCAAAAUGACAAAGUUUGGGUCUGUCCAGUAUUAUGGAAAUUAUACUCAUCAUUUUCACAAGCAAAGACUUCAUCUUCUUAAAGAGAAACAUGGAACUAUGUACAAAUUUCUUAUUUUAAGCCUCCAAAAAACAGAUCAAGGACAGUAUAUAUGCAAAGUACAGGAAAUUGGCAAACACAGAAAUAAGUGGACAGCAUGGUCAAAUGGUACAGCAGCUACUGAAAUAAGAGUGAUUUCGUCAAAAUCUUCUGAUCAUCCCACUUUCAAGAAAAAUCAUGAAGCUUGGAAGUUUUUUGAAGAUCUGUACGUGUACGCAGUGUUCGUGUGUUCCAUAGGAAUCAUCAGUGUCCUCCUUUUCACACUUGUCAUUCUCUGCCAGUCCCUUCUGAACAAGAGGAGAUCCACAGUGAAGCAUUACCUGGUGAAAUGCCCCCAGAACAGCUCUGGUGAGACAGUUACCAGUGUGACGAGCAUGUCUCCUCUACAGCCUAAGAAGGUAAAGAAAAAGAAGGAGAAAGAGAAACUGGAGCAGCCACCAGCCAUCCCAGCAAAAGCUCCAAUUGCCAAUAAUUUCCCAAAGCCCAAGCUCUUGAAACCUCAAAGAAAAUUGAUCCUGUUUCUCUAGGUGUGAGAUGUUCAUAGGACAUGAAUAUCAUUUGCACACUCAGCUGACAUUUGCGACUCAACAUACUCAAAGCUACUGAUUUAUGCUUGCUUCCCCAUUCAGAUUGAAGUUGCUGUCUUUACUCCCAAGAAGGAAUAAUUUGUAUAAAUGAUAAGAUUUCUUGUUGGAUCAGUUUUGAGACUUGUGUAUUUACAAAAUCCCACAGUAGAUGAUUUUUGUGUGAUGACACCUUUGGAGUAACAAAAGUGUCACCAGUGAAGUGAAAACUUUUAAUUACUUUUAAUUAUUAUUACUUUGAAUAAUAAGAAGGAAUCAGCCUGAUUUCCAGCAGUGCUGGUUUAGACUCUAGGAAUAACUGCAACUGUAAAAGCAAUGGAGCGUUAGCAAAGGUGAGGAUGCUCUUCCCCCAAAACUCAUUCAGUGGGACUUAUCAAAUCACCUUUGUCCCUGACUCU